CUGAUAACCAGGAAAUAGAUGAUUAAUUUUUGGCAUAGGUUUAUUGGGAUUAAAGCGCUCAACAGGUUGGCCUUGUGGAGUUACAUAAUGCAGAAGGUGGGGCCAAAUCCAGCCUUGAUUCAGUAUCUAGAACCCUGUCAACAUGGGACAGUUGUCUGCACUGCGACAGACUGGUAGUGACCUCCAUCAUGGACCCAGCCAGCAUUGUAACUUUCCUUCUUGUCAUCUGCCUGACUUGGCUCCUCAUUUCGGCAGCAGUGAGGAGCAUAUCGAGCCAUGGGAAGCUGCCCCCCGGACCCAUGCCGCUCCCUGUGAUUGGAAAUUUCCUGCAGAUCAAGUCAUCAGAAACUUUGAAAUCCCUCCUCAGGGUGAGUUUACUGCCUCUGGGAACCAGGGGCAGAAGGUGCAGUCAAUUUUGGCACUCUGCUUCUCAGUUUUCCAACCUUAAAUUCAGUUCUCGGUAUUUCUGGAGAAAUUUGCAAACUAUUUUUUUAAAAAGAAAUCUUCGUGGAAAUUUACCAGCAUUUUAGUGCAAAUGUCUCCUUAUAAACACAUUCCCCUUGCAUGCCCUUUUGACUAAUGUGCACAUUUUUCAAGUGAUUUCCCUGAAUAGUUUCAUUUGCACGCACCCUUUCCUGUGGUGUCUUCAUUUGUCAUUGUUUGGCUGGAGAUCUGCGUUGCAGAACCUGGAUCCGUGUGCUUCAGUUUGUGCAUGGUUUUGGAAAGUGAAAGGUUGGUAGAUUAGCCUUCCAAUGAAAGCGGAACCAGAUUUCUCCUCUAGCCCUUCUAGGAACAGAGCACCCAGGAGUCAAAGGAAAUUCAAAUAAUUGAGAUGCAUGGAGGCAUCAGUUUGCCUCCAUCUCUCUCCUCUUCCAUCUCCACCCUUUCUCUUGCACAGGAAUAUGCUCAAAAUACAGUGCUUCCCCCACUAAGCAUCUCUGUGUCUUCUUUGUGGCUUACUGGAUAUUCCUGUCUCUCUGCCUCUCACCAAAAAGACCUUCCUCCAUCUCUCGCCUUGUAUCCCUGCCUGCCUGCCUCUAGUUGGGAAGAUUAGACGACCGUUGCCCUGUCUGUCCAAAAGCUUUUAUAAAGAGAGAAACCUUUGAUGAAACCUGCCUCCCCUUCUUGUCAUACACAAGGGAAGUAGAUGGCAAAUUUCUCCCACCCGUUUCCAAACAGGUCUGUGGACAGCCUACAAUGACCCAUUAAUGUUUUAAGAUGAUGUAAAAUGACACUAUAACAUCAAUGCUAUGUUUGUUUGUUUUUUGCAGAGACUGCAUUAAAUUUUAUUUUUUUACAAAGGAGAGUUGACACACUUGGUAAUCUUUUGCUUUGGAUCCAUAUGUUCACCCAUUUGCCUGAUGCCAGCUUGGUUAAAUAACACAAAAAAACUCUGUUAGGGUUCCUCUACUCUUACCUUUGUGUUGCCCUUUCUUGGCACAGGUCUGUUUUUGAAAGCUCCCUGUUUGAACACUUUCCCUAUUUUGCCCUGGUGCUUUCCCCAUGAAAGCCCGCUCUUUACUACGGAAUCGAGCAAACUGCAAUCCUCAAAAAAGCCAAAUUGCUGUUUGUUCCUGUUCAGCUUUAAAGAGCAGGUUUUCCUGGGGAAAGUGGAGGUGCCAAAAGAGCGUUACUGCAAGUAGAAGUAACACUAGUAAAUCCACUUGCCUACCUUUGCAAGGUUGUUGUGAGGACCAAAUGUUGAGGUGCACUUUCAGCACUCAGCAAGCUAAGCAUGAUUCUUGCUAACUUCCGAAAGCAUUUUUCUUUUUUUUUAAAACAACUCAACAGCAUUCCUACAUUUAUCUUUCACAACCCUCCCCUUCUUUUUAAACUUUCCAACCUGUUUUGCAUUCUGGUAGGCAGCAUUUAACUAUACAGCAUUUAACUAUAAGGUCCGAAUAGUUAAAGCUAUGAUUUUCCCAGUAGUGAUGUACGGAAGUGAGAGCUGGACCGUAAAGAAGACUGAUCGCCGAAGAAUUGAUGCUUUUGAAUUCUGGUGCUGGAGGAGACUCUUGAGAGUCCCAUGGACUGCAAGAAGAUCAAACGCAUCUAUUCUGAAGGAAAUCAGCCCUGAGUGCUCACUGGAAGGACAGAUCCUGAAGCUGAGGUUCCAAUACUUGGCCACAUCAUGAGAAGAGAAGACUCCCUGGAAAAGACCCUGAUGUUGGGAAAGAUGGAGGGCACAAGGAGAAGGGGACGGCGGAGGACAAGAUGGAUGGGACAGUGUUCUCGAAGCUACUAACAUGAGUUUGACCAAACUGCGGGAGGCAGUGGAAGACAGGAGGGCCUGGCGUGCUCUGGUCCAGGGGGUCACGAAGAGUCGGACAAGACUAAACGACUAAAAAACAACAGGCAGCAUUUUGGAGACUCUAAAUUUGGAUAGAAUCCUAGAAUUGUAAAGUUGGAAGGGGGACCACCAGGGUCAUCCAGUCCAACCCUGGCAAUACAGGGAUCUUUUGCCCAACAUGGGACUUGAAACCAUGUGUGACGAAAAAGUUGGUUUUGCUGGACCGGUUGGAUCAACAAGUGUUUCUUUCUUUCCCUGCCAGCAAAUGGUUAAUGAACGGCAGCCUCCGAUUGGCCGUGGUUCCAGGAGGGAGCAUUUAAAAGGAGAGGAUUUGAAGAGAGACAGGAGAGUUGAGAGGGUUGGUUGAGGUGGGUUGGAAUUGAGGUUGGGAGAUAGAGUAGGAGACGGGUUGAUCUUGGCUUUAACCAUUUGCCUUUGAGAAAGAACUGCGCAUUACAGUGGAAAUUGUUAAGCAACACUGCCCCUCAAUGCUCAGCUAUGUUUCCCCUGGUGAUGAAAUACUGGUGUGUCAACAUAGUGAGGCUUUUUGUUCAGGUGUUGCUGGCAUCAUAUUUCAUAAAUGUCUCCAUUUAUUUAAAUAUUUGUACUCUUACUUUUUGUUCAACAGCAGGAUCCUCACGGCAGCUAUAACUCACCUCGUUGGAGGUCUUGUGGUUUAUUUUCCCCUGCAAAGAGAAAUGGAUCAGGCAGUGGGGAGGAUUUUGUCCCCCCCCCCCAGUGAUAUUUAUCGAAUUUUUCACUUUUAUCAUAUUCACAUUUUGUUACAUAAUUCUAUAGGUUUUUACUGGAUAAGAGCAUCGACCUCCUUCCCUCCCUUUUGAUGACUUCCACACAUCUUUCUAUAUUCUUCACAUUUCUAUAAUCGCUUAUUUACCUUCUAUCUUAUUGCAGUAUUUCACAUUGUUAUCGGUAACUCAGUUCCUUAUAUUUACAUUACAAAACAUUUCAAUUCAAGCCUGCAAACGUUUUCAAAUGUUUACAAUUUUCUUUCAUGUAAAAUAUAAAUUUGUUCCAGUCCUUUUGAAACAGUUUGUCACGCUGUGGGGAGGAUUUUGAGCAGCAAAAUGGUCCACACAAAAAAAAGGAUUAAGUGUCUGGGAAUGCCAGUCUAACCCUAACCCUAACCCUGCCAAACCCCAGUUCAAAUAAUCCAGUCAGUGGCUUGGGUGGAGGUAGCGGCCGGCCGAGCGGACCGCGAGUGAGCAGGCUUCACUCCAGUCCGCUUGAGGUGAAUAUUGUUAGGAUUUUUAUCCAUCCGUGCUGCUCCAGUAGUAGCACUAUGUUUCGUAUAUCACAUGAGUGUCUGAGAGAGCGUGAGACAGGAAGUCUCAGUACUGUUGGAGUACUGUUGGAAGUUAGUUUCACUUCUGUUUGUGAUGCUGUUUCUGUGUUGUUGUUGUUUAGUCAUGUCCGACUCUUCGUGACCCCCUGGACCAGAGCACGCCAGGCACUCCUGUCCUCCCCUGCCUCCCGCAGUUUGGUCAAUCUCAUGCUUGUAGCUUCCAGAACUCUGUCCCAGCCAUCUCGUCCUCUGUCGUCCCCUUCUCCUUGUGCCCUCCAUCUUUCCCAACAUCAGGGUCUUUUCCAGGGAGUCUUCUCUUCUGUUUCUGUACUGGUGCUCAAAGAGCACAGACAUGCUGAUGGAUUCUGUGUAUAUAGGUAAAGGUAAAGGUAAAGGUACCCCUGCCCGUACGGGCCAGUCGUGUCUGACUCUAGGGCUGUGCGCCCAUCUCACUUAAGAGGCCGGGGGCCAGCGCUGUCUGGAGACACUUCCGGGUCAUGUGGUCAGCGUGACGAAGCUGCUCUGGUGAGCCAGCACCAGCGCAGCACACAGAAACGCUGUUUACCUUCCCGCUAGUAAGCGGUCCCUAUUUAUCUACUUGCACCCGGGGGUGCUUUCGAACUGCUAGGUGGGCAGGAGCUGGGACCGAAAGACGGGAGCUCACUCCGCCGCGGGGAUUCGAACCACCGACCAUGCGAUCGGCAAGUCCUAGGCACUGAGGUUUUACCCACAGCGCCACCCGCAUCCCCAUCGUAGUUUUAGAACUACGAUUGACUCUUCUUCUAUGACAUGCCAGAAGACAAGUGUGUUCCUCUCAGGAGGGAGGGGUCGCUUAUCCCCGGUCUCUCUCGACUGAGGGAGAUUUACGGCCAGGGAGGACCACCGGAGAGAUACUCCUGAGUCUUGGAAAGUUGGUGGCCUUCCCUUCUGGUGGUCUCUUGGGAGUCGGGGCGGGGUCUCCGCCUGGGCAUGCAAUUGUGAGUUGGAAUAUCCUUUCUUGCAGUCUGAAUCAGUCCAAGCCCUCCAAGAGCAGCAGAAAACAAGCUUGUUGCGUCUUCCAUGUGAUAGCUGUUUAGUUGUGUCUGAAGAAAGCUAUCAUCUCAUCUCCUGGUCCUCUUUUCUCCAGGCUAAAUAUGCCCCUCAACCAUUCCUCAUAAAUAAGGCUUGUCUUCCAGACUCUUGAUCAUCUUAGUUGCCCUCCUCUGUCAAUAUCCUUCUUAAACUGUGGUGCUCAAACCUGGACAUAGGACUCCAGGUGGGCUCUGAACAAGGUGGAAUAAAGCAGUACUAUGACUUCCCUUGAUCUGGACACUAGACUUCUGUGGAUGAAGCCUAGAAUUGCAUUUUCAGCCUAGAAUCACGUUUUAGAGCCUUCUGGGUCAGAGCCAUUUCAAAAGACAACAUUAAAGCCAUUUCUGUCCACACACCACAAGAGGGUUUGGUCAGAAAUGGCAUUUAACCUUGCAGAACUGUCCCACGAGCAUCUUGACACUUGCAGAGCCAGUCUGUGUGGGACAUACCAGUCUCAAAAUUUUAUCAAAACAGGAAUGGAAACUUGCUUUCAUGCAUUUUGUCCCCUUGCUUGAUAAAGUGCAUUUUGGUGGCAGGUAGAGGCCCUCUGAGCAUGUGCCGAAAGCCUCCUGCCUGGCAUAUCUCUCCUUCCCACAAAAUAAGAGUCUGAGGGAGUUCAGUGAACAUAUUUUAACACAGAGAUGAAUGUUCAAACCGCCCUGUUGGAUCAGACAAAGGCCCAGCCUGUUUCCAACAUUUAUGCUGUCGGCUUUUGUAAGAGUGCCAAUGAAUUGUAAGAAAAAGAAGCAGUGGAUUAAAGACUGUUCUGUUUUUUAAAUUUUAACAAGUAGCCUUUGGCCUUUCUCCUGUGCAGCUGCGCGACAAAUACGGCCCAGUGUUCACCGUCUACUUUGGAAAUCGCCCGAUUGUGGUCCUCUGUGGACAUGAAGCUGUGAAGGAGGCCCUGAUAGACAAGGCAGAAGAAUUUAGCGGAAGGAAAACCAACGCCACGCUGCAAAGGACCUUUGAUGGUUAUGGUGAGGAGGAGGAUCCCAGGGUGGUCUGACUUGCAGCACAGGAGUCUUGUGUCUCCUGUUUCCUGGCUGCUAUUCAAUCCUUCUCCCCUUUCUCCUCCCCAUACCUGCAGGGGUGGUGUUUUCUGAGGGAGAGCGCUGGAAGCAGCUGCGACGCUUCUCCCUCACAAUCUUGAGGAAUUUUGGCAUGGGGAAAAAAACAAUUGAGGAUCGGAUCAAGGAGGAAGCUCAGUUCCUGCUGGAGGAAUUUCAUAAGACCAACCGUGAGUAGGCCAAGUGAAGGGCAGGGAAGAGGAGGUCAGCAGCCCCACCAGGCUGGGCAGAAGCACGAGCUCUAAAGCCCAGACAGGCUGGGGAAGGGAAGCCUUUUUGUCCCAAAGGCAGUGAGAAUUUCUGGGCUCAAGAAGGAUAACGGGCAGGGAGGGAAGAGCACAUACAUAGCCAGAGAAGUUCUUCAUUCUAGUAGCUUGGUCAGCAAUAGGUAUCUUAAGUUCUGGGUAGGGUACUGCAGAUGAUCUUUUGAGAAUAGGUUGGGAGAGGACUUUGCAGGUGUUCCACAGUUCCUCACACUUCCCAAGAUAUCUUGGCCCCUUCAGCACAAUGCGUCUUCCUUCCCUGGCAUUGCAGAGAAGCCUUUCGACCCCACCUUCACCCUCAGCCGUGCCGUCUCCAACGUUAUCUGCUCCAUCGUCUUUGGCGACCGCUUUGACUACGAAGACAAGGAUUUCCAGGCCCUGAUGAAGAUGAUGAACGACAGCUUCCGGGAGAUGAGCACCGCCUGGUCUCAGGUACCCAGUCUCAAAGCAGACAGAGCACGAAUCCAUUUCCCAAUCAGACACCCUCCCAAUAUUGUUGGAAUGGAGCUCCCAUCAUCUUAAUCAUCUCUGAGCAUUGGCCUUGUGUACUGUGCUCUGUGCCUGAUGGGAUUUGGAGUCUAAGCUCAUGUGGAGAGGAGAAGGGCACCAGGCUGGACAAGGGUCUGAAAGCCAGCCGUAGUUUAUAACAGCUACUUAUCAUCUAGUGGGGCCUCCUUGGCUUGCAAGGAAGCUCACCGGACCCUCAGGAGGCAUUCCUGGUCAGCUGCCGGUGCAUAGCUGUCAACCGUCCCUUAUUUGGUGGGAAAGUCCUUAUCCCAGCACCGUGUCCCACUGCUGUCCCUUAUUGAUGAUGUCCCUUAAAUUUCCUGGGUUUCAAAGGAAGCAGCUCCUCUCCCUCCCUCCCUGCCAGCCAGGGAGGAGGGAGGCUCCAACUGUGUUGCUUGGCUGCCCGCCCCGCCCCCCUCCAGCCUCUUCUCACCAGCCUCGGCCCCCAGGAGCCCCUCCCCACCGGGACUGAGGAGCCUUGAGAGGAGAGCGAGGGCAGCCAUAGAGAAAGCAGUUCAGAGAGAGGAGGAGGCGGAGGCGCGGGCAGGUGUUCCAAGGGCUAACCAUAAAGGGGGAAAGCAGAGGAAGGACCGCAAGCGCUUCCCACAUAGAUUUGUAGUGGUAGACUAGCAUAGAAGGUCUGAUCUGUGGAUUUACUUCGGGCACUAUUCCCCCCCCUUCCUCCCGCCCCACCUGAUGGAACGGAGAGCUACAGAUGGAGCACGAGAGAAAAGAUACAGAACUGCAGCAGCAUCUUCGUAGCUUAGACUUCGUUUUGCCCGAAAAGUGGUGGCUGCUUGUAGUUAUUUAAUUGCAGUGUUUCAUCAGAUGGUGUCAUGAGCAGCAACCUCUGGAAACGAAGGGCCAAAUCUGGCACUGCUCUCCAAAAUUAUCUGGUCCCUUUUAACUUCGUAUUUCAGCUGGUUGGCUAAAAUCCCUUAUUUUGGCUGCCGAUCCCUUAUUUUUGAGGCUGCUGGUCCCUUAUUUUCAAAUCUGUAAGUUGACAGCUAUGUGCCGGUGCCUUUUCUUUCUUCUUGCAGUUCUAUGACAUGUAUGCCAGCAUUCUGAAGUACUUUCCAGGGCCACACACCAAGAUCUAUGACAUUCUGGAAGACAUGAGAGCCUACAUUGCCAAGAGAGUGAAGAAGAACAAGGAGACCCUUGACCUCAAUGCCCCUCGUGACUUCAUUGACUGCUUCCUCAUCCAGAUGGAAAAGGUACCCUUGUUGGCACAUGAAAUGAGUGGGAUUUCCACAGGGAGCUGUAGGGUUAACACAAGGAUCACUAAGACGCACAUCACUUACAAAGAGAUGCGAUCUCUGGACUGCCACAGGGGCUCUGCAGAUUCUGCUGCUUGCUAGCACACCUUGCUGAUAAUACACUUUGCAAAUGCUUCAUGAAUAGGUGUGCCACCAUUUCAGUCACAGGUGAACCUAGAGUGUGCAGGUGAUGGUUACAGGUGAUGAAUGAUAUUGGCUUAGGCAUUGGUCCUAACUGACUAUAUCCGACUUCAGCCCGUCCGCUAGAAGUCCAGGAAGGGUUAACCACCAGUAGGGGGAGUCCUGCUGAUGCACAUCAACUGGGAACUCUCACGGGGUCACCGCUAGGGUCGUGCCUUAAUGAUCUGAUGGGGUGACAUGUGUCCAGCUUGCCUAGUUUCUCUUCACCCCCAUCAGACAAGUGAUAUCCUUCUUCCAUAAAAGGACUAUAACAGAGGCAGCAGCCCUGAAACCAACUCCCCCUACGUCUCACCCCCAUGGGGAAUCCUGAUGCCAUUGGCUUCCUGUGUGUCUUCAGGAGAAAGGCAACCUGUCCAGCGAAUUCAACACCAAGAACCUAGAACUCACCACACUCAAUUUGUUCUUUGCUGGGACGGAGACCGUCAGCUCCACCCUGAGAUAUGGGUUUCUGUUUCUGAUGAAACACCCCGAAGUGCAAGGUAAGGAAGGGAACCAGCACACUGCCGCCAGGCUGAUUAAAGCUCAACCUAGCCUGUUGGGGGCUGGGGAGUGAGUAAGUAAGGGGGAGAUACGAGAGAGGUGUGUAAAGUUAGGCUUGGUGUGGAGAAAGUGGGCAGGAACAGUUCUAACCCAACAGAGCCAUCCAGUGAAGCUGAAAGUUGGGAGAUAACACAGUGAUGAACUAUGGAACUCACUGACACAAGAUGUUGUGAUGGCCACUGGGACAGAUUUAAAAGAGGACUGGACCAACCCAUGGAGAAUAAGACAAACCAUGGCUCUUAAUCACGAUGGCUAUGUUGUACUUUCACUGUUGGAGGCAGAUAUGCUUCUGGGCCCCAGUUGCUGGGAACUGCAAGUCAAGAGAGUGCUGUUACAUUCAGGUCAUGCUGAUGUUUAGUUGGGGACAGGAAGACCAGGUUGCUGGACUGCCUGACCCAGCAGGGCUUUUUAUACAUGCUGUUUUUAUUCCCUGUAUUUUAAUAGACUAGGCUUGUUGUUUUUAAGGAUUGAUUUUUAAUUCCAUUUGAGUUGAAUUAAUUAUUGAAUUGAUUUGAAUUUUAUUAUUACGGUCACAGAUCAGUUCCAGCUCACUUACAAUAUCAGGAAAAUCAUAAAACACAAUAGGAAUACAUUGAAUUGCAAUUGGGUAUAACAGAGACAAUUCAUAUAUAGGAGCAGUUAAAAAUAUAUAUUAAAUCUUGAUCACUAAAAUAUAACCUAAAAUUGUCAUUUAAAACCUUAAUCAUUUUGGUAGUACAGCUUGUUCCCUAAGUUUUAUGGCAGUCGCACAGAAUUUGGCCACCUUAGCGUGAUCUCUAGGUCCUUGUCCUCUACCAGGAGUUCUAGACAUUGAAGUUCGGACCCAUUUGGAGAUUUUUGUAUAACAGGAAUGAUAAAUACCGAGCAUAUAUCCCCGUAGAAACGACAGCAUAACAAGACAUGAGAGACAGUUUCUACCUCCAUCAAUCCGCAGGGGCAGACUCGUUCCACGUACAGUUUACCCUCAAAUUUGCCCUGCAAUAAGGCAGAUGGCAGCACGUUGAAUCUAGCGAGGGUAAAUGACCGUCUGUAUUUGGGUAUUUGUAAUUUUGACAAAUAAUUUGCUGGGGUAAAUCCUCUCCCAUUAUCUUUUAUCACUGGGUGUUUAUUCAUCUCGGUCACGUGGCAGAAUUAAUCAUUUAUUAAAUGGUUACCUUCUCAUAUGCUUUCAGCUUUUUGUAAUUUUUUUUUACACCUGUCUUGUUUUAAUUUGCGUUAGCUGCCUUGAGUCUGGAGAAAUAAAGAAACAUUUAGCUUGGUUCAAGCUGAAAACUGAACUGCGUUUUGGUGCUAGAAAUCUUAAGUACAGUCAUACCUUGGGUUAGAUGUGCUUCAGGUCGAGUGUUUUCAAGUUACGCUCCGCGAAAACCCUUAAGUAACGGAGCUAUUUCCGGGUUUCGCCGCUCGCGCAUGCGCAGAUGCUCAAAAUGAUGCAGCGUGCAUGUGCGGAAGUGGCAAAACACAACCCGCGCAUGCGCAGACGUGCCGUUGUGUCUAGGAACGGGGCUCCGGAAUGGAUCCCGUUUGCAUCCAGAGGUGCCACUGUAAACGGAUAGCUCAGGCAGUGGACUACGAGACUCGGGGUCGUGGAUUCAAGCCCCAUGUUGGGCCAAAGAUUCCUGCAUUACUGCGGGUUGGGCUAGAUGACCCUUGUGGUCCCUUCCGACUCUGAUUUUCUGACCCUUCUCUGAUCUAAAUGCAUUGGACAGCAAAAAUGCACCAGGAGAUUGACCAAGUGAUUGGCCAGAACCGUGCCCCAAACAUUGAAGACCGGAGCCAGAUGCCUUAUGUGGACGCUGUCAUUCACGAAGUGCAGAGGGUCAGUGACCUCAUCCCCAUGAACGUGGCCCACUCUGUGAUGCGCGACACUGAAUUCCGAGGCUACAUCAUCCCUAAGGUAUCCGUUGUGGGGCAGAGGGGAUGAAAAGUGUCUGGGACACAACAAAAUGGGUUCUUGUUGUUGUUGUUUAAAAGAGAUUGCGUGGUGAGUUCCCACCUCCCACCAGUGGAAAGAACGACACAUGACACCAUAAUUAAGGUGAAUGGGCUAAAAUUGGCCACAACUUUAUUGGUUACAGGUAAAAGCGGUAUUGGCUUAGGCAUUGGUCCUAUCAGACUAUCCGGCUUCAGCCUGUUUGCAUGAAGACUGGGAAGGGUUAACACCAGCAGGGGGAGUCCUGCUGAUGCACAUCAACUAGGUAACUCCCCCGGGGUCGGGGGCACGCUUUAGGCCCUGACCUCCAUAGGCUUCAGGACGAGGCAACGCCCCCCGGAAUCCUUUACCAGACUACCCUUCAAUAUUUGGGGGAGGUGAUGGCGCUCCCCCCCCAAUAGCAUAACAAUGCCCCUACCAAUGCCUAACCGCCAAUCCCAGGGAAGUUGUGACGAUUUGCUACAAGGUAGGCGAAAAACCAAAUGGCCGGUGCCAAUUUGCCAAGUGGAAAAAAUCCUACCAGGCCCCUUAACGGCGACCAACCGAGGUCCAUAGCAAGGUCAGAAGGAAACCUUGAAGGGCAGGCGGGUGGGAAACCAGGCAGCUGAGCGGUCCAAAGAGGGGGAUCCCCGGGCCGCACUUGCCUUAAAUGGGGCAAGCCACACACCCCGAGCCAGCCGAUUGGAUGGCACAGCCCGAGGAUUCCCCAGAUGGCGCGGGACUGCAAGCCAGCCACCGUGCGCGUGUUGGGGGCGUGGAGCCCGCAACACCACAUCCUCCCGAGGUUGGAAGUGGCUUUAGCAACAUUCACAGAUUUGUGCCUUGCCACCAACAUCUGCCCCCAACCGCAACAGUUGAGUCUUCAUCCGGCACAGAAGCAACCUGUUGGAGGCAGGAUGAGGUGAUGUUGGCUACUGUUAUUGGCAGGUAUUUGGCAAAAGAAAAGAACUGGACGCCCUCCAGGGAAGUCUUAAAGAUUUGCCAAUCCGUUAAGCAGCCUUCACCAAGCUGGUGCCCUCGAGGUGUCUCGCAUGGCCAUGCUGGCUGGGAUUGACCAGAGUUGCAUUUCAAAACAUCUAAAGGGCGCCAGGUUGGCAAAAGCUGCCAACAUAGCACUUAAAAACAACAACAACACAACAGCCAAUCCUCAAAGGAUGACCAGGGCCCAGCUGGUAAAGUCUCACGCUGCGGCUAGUUUACAGGGUGCAUGGAGACCAUAGCUGUCAACUUACAGAUUUGAAAAUAACGGACCAGCAUCCAAAAUAAGGGAUUUUCCAAGGGGCACAGGUAUGUUCAACUUCUGAGCCCCUCCGAGCCAAAGGCACAAAGCCCAGCCAGCAGCCAAACGAAGCCUCAAGCGGUGGUUCCCACAGCGCAGCAACCCGGCAAAGGGGAUGCAGCAAGGAAAACCACCGUCACCUCUCCGCUGGGAAGCACUGAGCAAAGGCAAGUCCCCAGGCAAGGCGGCUGAUUUGAUCGGCACAAGGCAUGCAAGCUCCACCCCCCAGUUGUUCUUAGACUCCUUAUUGGGUGAGCAACGCAGCCAAGCAACACAGUUGGAGCCUCCCUCCUCCCUGGCCGGCAGGGAGGGAGGGAGGGAGAGGAGCUGCUUCCUUUGAAACCCGGGAAAUUUAAGGGACAUCAUCAAUAAGGGACAGCAGCGGGACACGGCGCUGGGAUAAGGGACUUUCCCGCCAAAUAAGGGGCGGUUGACAGCUAUGAUGGGAGGACAUCUGCCCUCCAACACCUGGCCUCUAGUCCUCACCCUCCAGACAUGCCGCUUGAAGCAUCUGGCUCACUCUGCCUAAUGGCAAGGCUGGACCUCCUCUUGGCUUAAGCUGAACUACAGCCAGAGGUGGAAUGCCUCGCUGACCCCAGACGGAUGCCCACAGUGAUGCUUCUGUAGAGUGGGGGGACGGGGACCUGUAGAUCAACUGACCGUUUGACCAGAUUGCAUGAGAUUUCUGUGGGUCAGCUACCCACGUGGUGCCUUCACAUUCAGGCAGGGCAGUCUGUAGAUGUCACAGGGAGGAGCUGGCCGGUGGUCGAAUGUGGCUGGCAAUCCAUCAGUUGAGAGAAGGGGUGGAGAGCUUCUCUCUCUCGACUUUCCCCGAAUCUUUGCAGUUCUGACCUUAAUAUUCUCUCCCUCUUUUUCCUAGGGGACAGAAAUCUACCCUUUGCUCCACACUGUCCUGUUCGACCCCAUGAAGUUUAAAAGCCCAUUUGCUUUCAACCCAGAGAACUUCCUGGAUGAGAAUGGGAGCUUCAAGAAGAACGACGCUUUCAUGCCAUUCUCCUCAGGUAGAUAGAAUAAGAAUAAGAAUAAGAAUAAGAAUAAGAAUAAGAAUAAGAAUAAGAAUAAGAAUUUAUUCAUUUAUUUCUACCCCUCCCAUCUCGCUGGGUUUCCCCAGCCACUCUGGACUGCUUCCAACAGAAUAUUAAAAUACAGUAAUCUAUUAAACAUUAAAAGCUUCCCUAAACAGGGGUGCCUUCAGAUGUCUUCUAAAAGUCUGGUAGAUGUUUUCCUCUUUGACAUCUGUUGGUAGUGGGUUCCACAGGGCGGGUGCCACUACCGAAAAGGCCCUCUGCCUUGUUCCCUGUAACUUGGCUUCUCGCAGUGAGGGAACCGCCAGAAGGCCCUCGGAGCUGGACCUCAGUGUCCGGGCUGAACGAUGGGGGUGGAGACGCUCCUUCAGGUAUACUGGACCAAGGCCUCCUCUUAAACCAGGCUUCCUCAACCUUGGCCCUCCAUCAUCCCUGACCUCUGGUUCUGCUAGCUAGGGAUCAUGGGAGUUGUAGACCAAAAACAUCUGGAGGGCCGAGAUUGAGGAAGCCUGUCUUAAAGACUUUUUUUAUUUUUAUUUUGGAAAUGAGAACCUCUCCCAUCCCCUCCUCCUUCACUUUUUGAAGUUGUGAAUGUCGGACUUGCAUUCGACCUAGCGACUCUUCCGGAAUCGCCCUUCUCCGAUGUAAUUAAUGACCUGAGCCUCUGAUAAGGCUCCAAGCACGUUCCCCAUUCCGCAGAGUAUUCAACACAGGGAAGGAGCUGAGAUAGCAUGAGCUACAUGCUAAGAGUUUUAUUACGAAGCUACGCAGACAGAAAAGAAACAUAUCCUCUCUCUGUGAGAGCAGAGAGCAACCAAAAAACAAAGGAACAGGAAACCUCUAACGUCACAUCCGUCUCCCGUGAGACUUCCAACAGUAUGGAAUCUCUGAAAUGUAAACAGAGUCUUGUGACUCCAAGAACUGCACAGUGGCAACAAAGAGAAACUAACAGUGAAUCUGGGUCUCCUACAGAAAACAAACCUUCAUUGCACUGUGGCUUUUACUUGGUCGUUUGUAGUGUUUACACAUACCCUACUCCCUAAUAUGCACCAUAAUAAAUAAAUGUGCAAUGGAAUGGGAAGAUGUUAAUAACAAAUAUAUGGGCAAAAUCUGCUGGAGGGAAGUAUUGGUUGUACGUAGGGCUGCCAACAUUGGUCGGUCAAAGUAAGGGACAAGUCUGGGGUUGGGAUGGGGGUGGGGGUGGGGGAGACAAUUGGUUCCCUUCCAGCUCUACGAUUCUAUGAAUCUAUAAGCCCAUUUUAGAUACACAGUCUGAAGAAAUACUUCCUUUUGCCAUCCCGGAUCUCUUGUCCCUAAGUUUCACUGGAUGACACACACGCUCACACAGAGAGAUCUGCCAAAACAACAACAGGGUUUUUUUAUUUUAUUAUUAAUAUUUAUUAAAGUUUCAGAAAGAAUAAAAUCACAUUAAUAAACAAGAAAAUUUUUAACAAAAACAGAGAAAAAUACACCAUACAAAAUAGAAAAAAGGAAAAAAAGGAAAAAAAAAAAAAAAAGAGAAAACAGUUAAAAAUAGUUCCGUCUUUUCAUAACCUCUUUUACAUUCACUUGUUUCCCGGACUUCCUCAUACCUCCCUCUUUUGUAUUCCAGUUCAGUUUGUAAGCUCAGCAAUUUCUUUCCCUCCUUUUUAAUUCCAAUCCUAAGUCUUAAUAUAUUAUGACAUUAGAUUUUUACCUAUUUAAAACCAAUUUUUCCAUUUCUCUUAACCUUUUGAUACUAAUCCUUAAUCUUGAUAUAUUUAUAACUUUAAAACCUGUACAGCUAGAAGCCACUUAACUUCAAUCCAACAUCACUCUAACAUUCAUUAAUUUUGCAAUGUUUCUGUAAAUAAUCUUUAAAUUUCUUCCAAUCUUCUUCCACCGACUCUUCUCCCUGGUCACGGAUUCUGCCAGUCAUUUCCGCCAAUUCCAUGUAGUCCAGGGUUUUAGUCCUAUAAGAGAGGAAAACUCCCCUCUCUCCAUUCACAUGGAUUUCAGCUGUUCCAUUCACGCCCCAAGGACGUUGGACUUGACCUAAACCUGACCUCUAACCCCCAAACCCAUGUCUUCCCUCCCUGCUGAUUCUUCUCCCUUUUGCCUUGCAGGGAAACGGGUGUGUCUGGGGGAAACGCUCGCCCGAAUGGAGCUCUUCCUUUUUUUCACCACCACCCUGCAGAGAUUCCGGCUGAAGCCCCUUGUGGACCCCAAGGACAUUGACACAACCCCCCAGGAGUCCGGCUUUGCCACCAUCCCGCCCUUCUACAAGCUCUGCAUCGUCCCGCGUUGAGUGGAAACCAAAUCUUUCCUCCCCUGCCACUGUGCUCUUGCACAAUCUGGUCUCUCUGGCUGCUCAGGGAGAGAGGAGUGGUCUUCUUCCCUUUCCUCGCCCAAGGGCUUUUGUAAGGGGCGGCUUCAAGAUUUUACUCUCAACUUAGGCCUCGUUCCUACCUGUGGACUGGGCUUCCUUUGGCUGGGUCUGUGCCUCUCUGCGUUUAUCAUCCUUCUUUCCCCAUUGCUGUCCUUCCCAUCCUCUCCUCUACUGAGCCCAAAGAACUUCAGUGCCUCUUGAAUUUCUAUCUCCUUGCAAUGUGUGUUUAAGCUUUGACCUUACACCUGAAAAGAAAAGAAAAACUUGCCGCAUUUGCUUCUGGACUUGUUGGUUGUUAUACGCUUCAGACCUUGUGGGGGGGCCGGACUAUAUUUUGGGGGGAAAUAUGAACGAGUUCCUAUGCCCCACAAAUAACCCAGAGAUGCAUUUUAAAUAAAAACACACAUUCUACUCAUAUAAAUACAUGCUGAUUCCCGGACCGUCCACAGGCCAGAUUUAGAAGGCGAUUGAGCCGGAUCCGGCCCCCGGGCCUUAGUUUGCCUACCCAAGGCUUAGAACAUCUAGAUGGGAAAGCAUUUGCUGGUAAUUUUCUUGCAUUGCUUUGCUGUGUGAUGGAUUUAUUAUGACAUUUUGUUGUGCUAUCUUGAGUUUGGAGCCUGCAGGGGAAGUAAUGAAUAUCAGAGCCUAGAGCAACAUGCCAAGAUUGUAGUUUUUGUUGUGGAUGUUUUCUGUCUGGACUAGAAGAUGCCAGGCAUAUGAGAAUUCCCUCUGGUGAGUUUCUGAGCCACACCAGUCUCUCAGAGCCCUGUUCUUAACUCCACGGUUGCCAGCUCCACUUUCCACCUCCCUCUCCUCAGCCCCCAGCAGCCAAGAAGAGAAUGCAAAGCACAGCAUGCAAGGAAAGAAGAAUCAUUUGUGAUCUAACAGUGCUAGAGAAAUGUUUGCAUAAAGCUUGGUGACACAUACUUUUUCCACAGUUCUGUCGUGGUCAGAGAUAAAGAUGGCAUCUAAAUGCUAAGAUUGACAAGACGCAUACAUAUAUUAAAAAAUAUACAGUGGUACCUCGGGUUAAGUACUUAAUUCGUUCUGGAGGUGCGUUCUUAACCUGAAACUGUUCUUAACCUGAAGCACCACUUGAGCUAAUGGGGCCUCCCAUUGCCACCGCGCUGCCGGAGCACGAUUUCUGUUCUCAUCCUGAAGCAAAGUUCUUAACCCGAGGUACUAUUUCUGGGUUAGCGGAGUCUGUAACCUGAAGCAUAUGUAACCUGAGGUACCACUGUAGUAAGUAAUUUCAACGCAUAAUAAAACAAAGGACCGAUUAUGCAAAUGAGUCGGAG